AUGUCGCCCAAGACGGCCUCUCCGCACGCCUCGCAGCAGGGGAGCCGGCGAGGGACGCCGCCCUCGUCGGGCAUCUCCGAGGACGACGCCGUGGCCUUCUCGUCGCCUUCCUCGCUGGCGACCGGCAGCCCGCCCCCCUCCCCCGGCGCCUGCCUGCUCGUGCUGGCCGGAGGGGCCGGGGCCGCCAAGCCGCAGGCCAGAGGGAGCCGUCGGGGCCGCGGCAGGAGCCAAGGCGAGGGGCCGGGGCCGGGCAAGGCCAAGCGCAGCCGGCGGGUGAAGGCCAACGACCGCGAGCGGAACCGGAUGCACAACCUCAACUCGGCGCUGGACGCCUUGCGCGGGGUCUUGCCCACCUUCCCCGACGACGCCAAGCUGACCAAGAUCGAGACGCUGCGCUUCGCCCACAACUACAUCUGGGCGCUGACCGAGACCCUCCGCCUGGCCGACCAGAGCCUGCUGCCCGCCGGCCCCGACGAGGCCCUCCUGCGGCCCGGCCCCGACGCCCUGGCCGCCUGGCCCGGCCCCUGGGACGCGCGCUACUCGCCCGCCUCGCAAGAGGGCAGCCUCAGCCCGGCGGACUCGGCCCAAGACGGGCGCCCGGCGCUGCAGCAGGACCCCGCCGGCCCGCUGGGCCUCAGGCACGCCCCCCGCGCCGCGCUCCCGGCCUUCGUCUGA